AUGGCCCAGCUCCGCGGCGCCAAGGUCUUCACCAAAUUAGACCUCAGAUGGGGUUACAACAACGUCCGUGUCAAGGAGGGUGACAAGUGGAAAACUGCCUUCCGCACAAAGUACGGCCUUUACAAGUCCCUGCAUUUUAUGAACGAAUUGUUCAAGGACUUACUGGAUGUAUGCGUCAUCAUAUACUUAGAUGACAUCCUGAUUUACUCCAAGGAUGACGCAUCCCACACUCAACACGUCCAUGAGGUCCUAUGGCGCUUAUUAGAUAACCAACUGUUCUGCAAAGCGUCAAAAUACAAAGGCUUUAGUCUGGACAAGCUCAAGAUCCAAGCGGUUCAGGAAUGGCCCACACCCAGUAAGGUUAAAGAAGUCCAAUUGUUCCUAGGGUUUGCCAACUUCCUCCGCCGUUUUGUUGCCAACUUUAGCCACAUGGCUAGGCCAUUACACAACCUAGUCAAGAAAGACACGCCUUGGAAAUGGGACAUCAAGGAACAAGAAGCUUUUCAGGGAUUGAAAGACACCAUCACCAACGCCCCGGUCCUUUGCCACACUGACCCAUCCAAACCCCAAAGACAGGAAGACAGUUGCUUACAUCCGCUAGGGUUCCUAUCAGAGUCCUUCAAAGGUGCCAAACAAAACUAUGACACCCACGAUAAAGAGCUGCUGGCAAUCAUCCGCUCCUUUGAGUACUGGCGCAUAUUCCUAGAAGAAUCCCGCACCUUCAACCAACGCCACACACGAUGGCACUUACUCCUUGCAGGAUAUAACUUCCAGAUUGUGUACAGACCAGGGAAACAGUCCGGGAAACCAGAUGCAUUGUCACGACAAGCGGAUCACGCCAAUAUUCCCCCCAAACCUCAAUCCAUGCUCCCAGAACCAGUCUUUGCCAACAUCGCCCUGAUAACGCCGGAAAAGGAAUUACAACGCCAAAUUGAGUUGUCCUUAGACCAAGAUGAGUCCCUGGAGGAAAUACUCCAGUUCCUACAAAACAAAUCCAAAGCACCCCCUUCCAUCAAACGCGCGUUUAAAGAUUACAAGAUGGAAGCCGGCUUACUCUUCUACCAAGGACAGAUCGUAGUCCCUGAUGUUGGAACACUGAGGACGGACCUACUCGCAUCUUCCACAACAGCCCCUUGGCAGGACAUCCAGGGAGACAGCACACCCUAG